AUGUUGGAUCCUGGUGACCAGGACAAGAUUCUCAACGCGGACGGCAUAGAGAUGUGCAUAUUUGCGAAGGCCGAGCUGGAUGAGUAUUCGCGGGCUUUUCGUGCUGAACAGGGCAAGCCAACCAUGCAGUACACACUAGCUAUCACUGGCUCAACGGCAGGAGUGCGCUGCGAUGUUAACGUGCUCGUGCAGCCGAUGGCCUUUGACAAUGUCUCCGAACGAGGUGGAGGCGGCUCGAAAGCUCGUGGCAAAGGCGGGCGGCGUCUGCGCAUGCAGCGCGGGGAUGCGGUCAAGUCCGUGGUGCAAAUCUGGGUUUGCAACCGGACCUCGAGGCCGAAAUCGGCAGAGACGAGGCCGAACAUUUUCUUCGACGAUGGUCCAAGCUCAGCUGAGCUAGAAGCCUCCGCCAAAAGUCUUGAGUGCGAGAGGCAGAAGCACAGCAUCUCAGAGAGGCUCUGUGUGCAGCUCUUGUUGGAUGAAUGCUCGGCUGAGUGCUGCCCCUUGUUGUCAAAGCGCAGACUUCGAGAGGAUGGACAGAACGGAGAGUGGAUGCGUUCUGUUAAGGCAGUCGUCAAAAUCGGCGACCACGCCGAGAAAAUACGGGAGGCGACCCUCACCUUGCACGAGGCUAUUCAGACUGAAAGCUCCACAGCCUGGCUUGAUCCUUUGCUUGCCUGGAUUGCAGGCUCAAAUGCGCAUGGGCCCUGGUCGCCCAAUUUUCAGCUGAACGUUCCACCGCCACCGCCGCCUCCUUCGAAGUCCGGCCAAGAUACGCGGGACACGCGGCACGAACGGCAUGAGGGCCAAGGAUCCUGUUCUGCUGGAGCUUGUCAUCCGGGUUACGGCGGUGUUUCGGCGGCUGCAGGUUCCUUCCCUCCAUACAACCAGAUGAGGCAGAUCUGCGUGGCAUUCGAAGGGAGAGGGCUAUCCGGCCUGGAACUGAGUGGCGUCUGGUUCAAGCAGAUGCCGCACAACCUGCAGCAGCCUCCGCAUCAAGCCCCAUUGCAGCAUCUUCUCGCUACCGGGCCAGUUUCCAUGCCGGCGCCUUCACCCAGUGCACAUGAUCGUGAAGAAGUCAUUCGCGAGGCGUGCAAGGCCCACGACAUCGCUAAAGCGGUCAUGAUGAUCGCAAACCUUUCAGAUGAUGAUGGACUGCAGAUCCUCCCGAACGUUCUGGAGGAUCUCAAUCAAGCGUUGCAAGAAGUAGCGCAGAGCGACGGCGAGGAGGGAAGACUAAGAUCCGUUCCUGCGGAGCACUUGGCGGAGCUCGCCUACCAAAUGGGAAGGAUUCCAGUGUCGCCGGGCAGGAUGCUCAGGAAGACACGCUUACCGCGAGCGCCUGACUCUCCCUUGAUUCCUUAG